UUAGUGAAGCUGGUGUGCAUUCGGCUGUGUGUAUGUGUGUGAGUGUGCGUGUGUGAAUGCGAACAAGUUGAUAUUCAUUUAAAUUUUUAUUACCCCCCUCCUCCCUCCUCAUAAACAUAUUUGAGUUAAACUCCGGGAGAGAUAAAAGUAGUUAAACAUACAGCAAAGGCAGAGUGACUCCGAUGAACUCGAAAAUAAGUUUGCUGCGCACUGCCUUUGAAAAGAAGCCGCAUCUACGCAGUUUGAGGAAUCUCGGUGUGUCGGUGUUUUUAUCGACACCGGAGAGAGUCAGUGCAGCUGCUUUGUUGUGUGCCUUCUUUCAAAGUCGCUGGUGAAGUUGCUGUAACCGUCACGCUAUAGGAGGCAGUAAAGCGGGGAUAAGCCAUACACGAGAAAAUAAGACAAAAUGCUGAAGACGCUGACGAAGAAGCUGAGAAGACAUUCACUCAAUGAGAUCCAUCCUUUCCAAGUGAAGAUUUCCUACCAUGGCAGCGGAGAGGGAGGGGAGAGCGAUGACUCAGAAGGGGAGAACCAGGAGCUUGCACAGAUUGACAGAGAGAGGCGGAGAAAUUGUGCCCUCACCCCUCUGGCCACCAGCCAGCAGCACAACCAGGGUCCCCUCUCUCCUGCCCGGCUGCGACGCCUGCGCCUCCUUUUAGAUGCCAAUCUGGAUCGCCACUCUUCAGAGGAAGAACUCGAGCGAAUCAGCUGCGGCGAUAACAGGAAGUGGGUGUCUUCACUCUCCCAGCGCCACGGCGAUCACCACAGCAGUGCCUCCAGUGAUGAGGAGGUGCGGGACCUCUGUGGCUGCAGGUCGCCUGCCGCCUCCGCCAGGUCGCUGGGGGAGCCUGGUGCUUGCCUGGCUGCCUCCCCCAGCCCUGUACUUUUCAGCUCCAGCCCACCACGUAGCCUCAAGCCACCCCCCAUGCGAUUUCAGCUGCAGGUGGUGCCACCGGUUGCACGACCCAUCAUCUUGACCCACUUUGACCAAUCAGCACCUUACAGAAAGUAUCGGCACAGCUACGGGGGGGAGCCAGGGAGACCCAGUCUGGACUUGGAGAAAAUGCAACAGAAGAUGCUGCUGAAAAAGAACUGCGGAGGGAAAACACGGACCAUAAAGAUUCGGAACCUGACGGGCAGUCGUCCCCCGCCCAGGUACACCUACGACCCCUCCAUCUUCGCCUUCCGCUCCCUGAGCACAGUCCCCCCCUGCAGCCCUCUGAGUCCGUCCGAGGAUCCUCCCUGCUCAUAAGGAAACAUCCUCCCACCAGAUAAUCCUCCCCACUCCUCUCUUCAUUCCCAGACGGCUGCUUUUUUUUGUGGUGUCUGCCCUUCUUAGACCAACGAGCGGCUGGUAUGAAAGCGUUUGUUUGAAGGUCGAAUUCUUGCACACUCAGGUAAUCCCACCCUGUCACUUUGAGCGUCGCUCUCUGCCUGAAAUCAACAGCGGGCCCAGCACAACUGAGGAUGCUUCAGGUUUUAGAAAUCCUGUGAUUGGAUGAAGAACGCUCCGGAAAUGGACACGGCCCACCUGAACUUAAGUUUUCAGCACAAUAUUCAAGGGAAAUAAUGCAUGUAAGACAAUCAAAUGCUUCCAGGGUUUCUUCCUUUGAUGUGAUAGCUUCAUAAAAACACAGCGAGGUGAGUCCUCUGACAUCAGUGGUCACAUUUGUCUGUUUGAAAUUAAGUUAAAAAAAAAAGCUUCUCUGGAUGUAUUAUUGAAUAUGCAGGUCAUGUAAGGCUGAGCUAUAACAAACAUGUAUGACUGUAGUUGAAUAGUCGACCUUUGACCUUUUGAUGAUGUACAUUUCUUAAUGAAUUUGUCACUUGUAGUCCAGGUCAAAGUUCAGUACUUGUAUCCUCUUUCCUUGCAUGAAUUUCACUGCUUUGCAGAAAGAGGUAUGUGGAUGAGAAUAGUUUGCUGCACAUUCGGCGAGUGUACAUGGUGCUGUGUUCUGCAUAGCCUACUUGUAGUGUGCCAUUUCUUUUCUCCAAUAUUGUACCUCAUUACUUUCUAGGUAGAAGAGGACCACUGGUGUAAUUAAGAUGUCCCAGUGUUUCUGCAGAUCUCUUAAUGCCUUGAAAUGACAUUCCUGUUGUGUUGAAUGAAACUUGGGGUCGAUCUCGGCCCCCAGAACUGAGCUGAUGAACUUAUUAAACGCGAAAUGUCACCACUGUAACUAGGAUUUUGCUGAAGUGAAUGUAACAUUGUGACAUGUUUUCGUCCCUUGUUGCACAAAAAUUAGUCAAUAAAUGCCCUGUGGCCUCUUGUUUAGGAGGUGAUUUAAAAAAAAAAAAAAAAAAUUAUGUGAUAUUAUGAGUAUUUAAGGUUGGAUCGAAAAUUCAAGCUCACCUUCAUGGGAUUCUCUGGACUGUUUAUCCUUGUGUGAAGGAUCCUUGCUGGUGAUGAGGUCUGGGUCUCUGGCAGCUACAGGGCACUUUUCAAUUGAAGGUCCACUGUCUCCAUGCCAUGAAGUCAGCACAUCAGGUGAGAAGUAUGACCAGGAGCGUGCUCAGUUAAUACUCUGAAGCAGCAACCCCCUUCAUAGUUUAACAAUGUCAUGUUAUCAUUUGUAUUUGGAGAUCAUCAAGAGAGUUUAUGGUGUCGUAAAUCCUUAAGUGGACAAUUAAUGCUGAUUGUGGUGCUUUAUAGCCUAAAAUUUGUUUUAUAUCUUGAGAUUAAAUUUUAGAUUCAAAACGGCCUUGGUUUAUGACUAAAAUAUCUUGUUUUCUUUAUUUCCUUUAAGGUUAUUUUCUGCAAUAAUUGAUUAUGAACCUUUUGCUGAACAAAACAUGGAUCCAAACUUUUAGUUGUAACCAAUAGCUUCUUUUGGCUGUUCCCUUGUUCCAGAGGCACUGCCACAGCAGAUGGAUCUGGAUUUCUGAUUUGUGACGCAAAGUUUUAGCCCCCAAAAAAGAGAAAUCCCUGCAGCACUCUGCAAAGGUAGAUCUGUAGAGAGCGGUGACUCCUCCCAUUAAUCAUGUUGUACAGAAAUUGGCUGCAGUUUAGCCUGAGGCACAACAGGGGGCGCUUGCAAAGCAGUUUUUUUUUAAUGGAUAGGCAUGCACACAGCUAAACGGCUAAAAUAUUUACAUUUACACCUGCUGAUAUACAGUAUCAAAUAUGUGUUUGUUUUCACAAAUACGUAAAUGAUACCGUAUGUCAAUUUAAAUAAACCCACAUACAGCCUUUAUUUUUUCUUACAGUGAAGCCAAUAAACAAUUAGUUAGCUAAUGUUGAUGCCAUUUGUCAGCUGUAGUUUAACAAAAACAAAGUCUUCCUUUAGUGGUAGUCAAAGCACCACAGCAGCUGCUUCUUAUACACAAACGGAAGUUUGUUUUGAAGGCCAUCGCUACAAGGCUGCUGCUACAAAUUGUCAGCUGCUCUGGGUCAAAUGCAUGAAAUUAAAGUGGCUUGUGAUUCUGUGGUGAAGUGUGUGUGUGUGUGUGUGUGUGUGUGUGUGUGUGUGUGUGUGUGUGUGUGUGUGUAUCUAUCUAUCUAUAUCUAUAUAUAUAUAUAAUUUUUUUUUUGUUUGUAUUGACCCCACU